CUGGACCCCUUGCAUUCACAACCUUUGAGCACCUGCAUAUAUCACUAUGGCUAAAACAGCAAUGGCCUACAAAGAAAAGAUGAAGGAGCUCUCUAUGCUCUCCCUGAUCUGCUCCUGUUUUUAUCCAGAACCUCGCAAUAUCCCUGCAUAUACGUAUGAUGACAUGGAAGUGAAACAGCUCAACAAGCAUUCAUCUGGCCAGGCUUUUGAACUUAUCUUAAAGCCACCAUCUCCAGUCUCAGAAGCUCCUCGGACUCUGGCCUCUCCAAAGAAGAAAGAUGUCUCCCUAGAAGAUAUCCAAGCUAAGCUUGAAGCUGCAGAGGAAAGACGAAAGAUCCAAGAGGCCCAAAUCCUAAAGCAAUUGGCAGAAAAGAGAGAACAUGAGAGAGAAGUUCUACAAAAGGCGCUUGAAGAGAACAAUAAUUUUAGCAAAAUGGCAAAGGAAAGGCUGAUACUGAAAAUGGAACAGAUCAAAGAAAACCGUGAAGCCUAUUUAGCUUCCCUCUUGGAGCGUCUUCAAGAGAAGGAGAGGCAUGCUGCUGAAGUACGCCGAAACAAGGAACUGAUUGAAGAACUCUCUGGCUGAAUAUAGACCACCAGAAGUAAUUUCCUUGCCUAUAUAAUUACGGAUCAUGCGAUAUCAGUAUGGAAAAUGUAUGACAUCACAAAAAGAAAAAAAAAAAAAAAAAAACAAGAACUCAUUAUGAAAA